AGAAUGUCCGCGUGCCAGGGAGUCUGAUUGGAGCUGCUAUUAGGAAGUACUGGCCGGGGAUGUACACUCCGGUCCUUGGGGGCGAGUCCAAGCUAGCCUACACUUGGGAAGACUUUGAGAUAGCGCCUUACCCUGGCUUUACUUCCGCCGCCGACGCCGUGAUCAAGAAGUUUUGGCGCAAUUAUAGGGUGGCGACUGAGCAUAAGGAGAGGGCGGACGUGGUGCUCCGUAACAUGUGUCGGAAGUUGACACGGCAGCAGUGGUACAACCAGAGGAUCACGUGCAUCGGCCACUUCUAUGCUGAGCAGGGCGUAAGGUACACAAAGCCUGAGAUUGUGCAGGGACUCGCCCCGGCUAUGACGAUAGAUGACUUCAUGUCGGUUGUACCACAUUGGGCUGAUAAUAAUAAGAGGGCCGCCUUCAUGGAGUUGGUCAAGAAUUGGGUCGGCGAAAACCCCGAUUUCAAGGCCGUGAGCGACCGGAACAAGGCCAACCGUGGGAAUCAGGGAACACACACUGCGGGGAGCAGCAGCACCGAUCGCUAUCGGGAGCGUCUGGGGAAGAAGCUCGGGAGGGAACUUGGUGAGAUGGAAGCGUGGACGCACAUGAAGCUGGUGACGCCCCGUCCGAACGAGCCUCGGCCCGCGCCUGAGAUGUACUACGGCAAGGCCAAAGAGAGCAAGGAAAGAUACUGCGAGGAGUACGCCAAGCUCCAUCCAGAGGUGGAGGACCCUAUGACCGAGCCGGUCGACGAGGUGGCGAUGAUGCUGGCGGGGAACGGCCAGCCGCAUGGACGUCCUGCCUGCCUUGCUGGGGGUUUCAAGCCUCAGAGGAACUUCACGCAGAUCAAGGCUACCCUCCCCUCCGGCAGCUACGCUACCUCCUCCCAUCGCCUCCUCUACCCCGACCUAGACCCCAAGCUCCUCCCCAAUCAUCUUGCGGCGUCCAGGCAUGUGUGCCUCGACGGCGACGACCAUGGAGGAGGGGGUUGGGGCACGGGGUGGCCGAGCAUCAGCCUCCUCCUCCAUUUGGAUGGACCGAAGGAGCUGCCUCCUUUGCCUCGAGCGCGGCGGUGGUAG